AUGAAUCUGACCAGGUGCCUCCGGAUGUUGAGUUUGCUUGUCUUCAUCCACCCUUCUCAAGUGUGUCCACUGGGCGGUCCCAAGGCCCACGCGGAGGAGAGACUGCUCCAGAACCUGUUUGUGCGCUACAACAAGCUGUCCCGGCCCGUGGCAAACAUCUCCGACGUGGUGCUGGUUCACUUCGGCCUCUCCAUCGCUCAGCUCAUCGACGUGGAUGAAAAGAACCAGAUGAUGACCACAAACGUCUGGGUGAAACAAGAGUGGAACGAUUACAAGCUUCGCUGGAACCCCGAGGACUAUGAGAACGUGACUUCCAUACGCAUCCCAUCAGAGCUUAUAUGGAGACCAGACAUUGUGCUGUACAACAACGCUGACGGGGACUUUGCAGUGACCCACCUGACCAAAGCCCACCUGUUCUACGACGGCAGGAUCAAGUGGACGCCCCCGGCCAUCUACAAGUCCUCCUGCUCCAUCGACGUCACCUUCUUCCCCUUCGACCAGCAGAACUGCAAGAUGAAGUUUGGCUCGUGGACCUACGACCGCGCCAAGAUCGACCUGAUCAGCAUGGCCAGUGACGUGGACCAGCAGGACUACUGGGAGAGUGGCGAGUGGGUCAUCAUCGACGCCGUGGGCAAGUACAACACCAAGAAAUACGAGUGCUGCACCGAGAUCUACCCGGACAUCACUUACUACUUCAUCAUCCGGAGACUCCCCCUGUUCUACACCAUCAACCUCAUCAUUCCCUGCCUGCUCAUCUCCUGUCUCACCGUGCUGGUCUUCUACCUGCCCUCACAGUGCGGGGAGAAGAUCACCCUGUGCAUCUCCGUCCUCCUCUCCCUCACCGUGUUCCUCCUCCUCAUCACCGAGAUCAUCCCCUCCACCUCGCUCGUCAUCCCCCUCAUCGGGGAGUACCUGCUCUUCACCAUGAUCUUCGUCACCCUGUCCAUCAUCAUCACCGUGUUUGUGCUGAACGUUCACCACCGCUCGCCGCGCACCCACGGCAUGCCCCAGUGGGUGAGGAGGGUCUUCCUGGACCUGAUUCCCCGGGUCCUGUUCAUGAAGAGGCCUCCGGCAACAGCCAAGCAGAACUGCAGGAAGCUGAUAGAGAUGAUGCACCAGCCCGCAGGUCCCAGUCACUCCCCAACCUUUUGGUUGGGCUUGGAGAAAGAGUUCAGUCAGAUGGGGCAACAGGGACACAUGCUUCCAGCCACCCCUUCUGACAGCCCCAACAUCCAGGUUGCCUCCCCUCCAAAGACCUCCUCUCCUCCUUUGGGUUUACCCCUGGAGAGGCAUCCAAUGAAGCCCCAGGUUUUCUGCCGGUCCCCAUCCAGCCAGUACUCGAUGCUCAUGGAAGAGCCUCCCCAACUGGGACUCACCUCCUCCCCCUCCUCCACUUCUCCUCCUUCCUCUGGCCCCUCCUGCUCCUCCGUCCCUCUGCCCCUGGGACCCCUCCGCACCCUGCCCAGAGACGAGCCUGGGAUGCUGGCUCCUAAAGGCCGCUCCCUCAGCGUGGAGCACAUGUUCGACCACCACAUGGACCCCCCGCAGAGAGUUGCACACCGCUGUCGCUCAAACAGCUUCCAGUACUGCUAUUUGGACGCAGGGGGGGGCAAUGGGGGUGGGGAGGGGCUGGGGAUUCCGAUGACCUCCAGACAGAGGAGACAGGUGUCCGUGGACCACCUAGCCAGAGAUUCAUCCACAGAAGUUGCCAAGAACCCAGGAUUGCCGGAUUCUAUGGUUCUCAGGAUGUCGCCAGCGAUGAGGCGGGCCAUAGAGGGGGUGCAGUACAUCGCAGAUCACCUCAGGGCUGAAGAUGCAGACUUUUCGGUGAAGGAAGAUUGGAAAUACGUUGCCAUGGUUAUUGACCGAAUCUUCCUCUGGAUGUUUGUACUGGUGUGCAUUCUGGGAACUGUAGGAUUGUUCCUUCCUCCCUGGUUGGCCGGAAUGAUCUAG